GAUUGAUAGAGGAGACAAGUUUCAAAAUGUUACGUGGAAAUUCCCUUCCCAUCUUGUGAGUUCCUAUAAAGAGUUACGAACCCUCUGCCUACUGGAGACCAGACAUCUAACAAGACAGUUAAAGAGCUGUAAAGUGUAAACACAUGAAAAUUAGAGUCCUUGGGGGCAGGAGAAAUGGAAGAACUAUGGAGAAUGCACCCUUGACUGACAUUUAGCGACAUAUGACGCAAGUCAAUUAUAGGCAAUUAUAGCUAUCAUACUAAUUUGUGUUGAAAAAGCAAAUACGGUAAUAGCAUUCCCCUCGUGAUAAACCUUUUUGCGUAGUUGCCUUAUUGCCCCCUCCUAUGCUCCCUCCUCGAUAAUGAUCCAAAAUUACCUUCCCUGCAUAAAUACCCACCAAGUAGCUGGGGUUCUACCUCAGUCAAUGGGCGGCUGAGUAAUAUCAAGCUUGCAAGAUUCCCGGCACCACAUUGGCCACUAAGAUAAGAAAUACCAAGAAAAGUAAAAAGAAAAUAUUAUCCUCUGAUUUCGGCUACUAAAACGGCAACAUCCUUAAAGAGAAAGAUGCGUAAUUCUCAGACCCUGCUGUGUGUUUUACUACUUCUCUGUGGGCUGGCUGAAUGCUUAAGCUACACUAUCACGCCAAAUGAUAAGAGAGGAUGGACUCUGAACAGCGCUGGUUACCUGCUUGGGCCUCAUGCUCAUCGGACACUGAACGAGAAAGGUGAAAUGCCUGGAAAAAGGGAGCUAACAGAGGAAUUGUUCAAGUCUGGAAAAGAUUUAUUUGGUAUGCAGCAGAAUUCAUUGGAUGACAGCACAAUUCAGAUUGUCCUUGAGUUCCUUGGAUAUCUCCGUAUGAAAGAAAUGGGAGCCUUUGACCAUUUGGCUUUGCUUAUGUCAGAGGAGACUACACAGGCUUAGAGCUGUACAACAUCUCUGGACCCUAAAUGUCCAUGCACUGUUACAAUAUCUUGAUUUCAAUCCAAAUUUCAGUCAGAGAAAAAUCAAAAUAAAGAAAACGUUAAAUUGA